AUGGUUGUCCCCACUGGUGGUGAAGCACUCACCAUGGGACCUGAGGUCGCUCCUCUCGAAGUGCCUCAGAUACUUGUUGCCUCUCCUCAGGAAGACACAUGUGCAUAUACCAGAGUCAAUCCCUCAGAUGACACUGAGGACCCCUCAGGUCCUCCUGGAACUGAACCCACAGCCAUGGAGACUAACAUCUAUGACAUGGCUGAGGAUGUCAAACUUCUACUGCCCGCUGUAGCCAUCAUCCUUGACAAAAUAGACAAGGUUCACAAGGCAAUGCCUUUGAAGGAAGACCUUACUCAUGGCCUAUAUGUUAUCAAAGUUGAGGUCUAUGAAGUAAAGGAUAUCCUGACAACAGUACAAUCUGAAGUCCAAGCCAACACUGAGCAACCAGCCCCGGUCCGUGAACCCACUUUCAUUGAAUCUAAUCGUCAUCAACUGGACCGGGUGGCCACCUUCAAUCUACUACAAGCUGAGGCUUUCUCAAACUUAGAGCAUCAUGUCAAAGACAUCUCAGCAAGUCUUAAUGAUCUCACCUCAUGUAUUGAUAAUGACAAAGAGAUGGAGAAAGACAAGAGUGAGAAAAUUACUAUAAACAAUGCUAGUUAUGUUGUUGCCGUUGAGGAUGCCAUCAUAACUGAUGAAGCUGAAGCUGAGGAUGAUGAUGAUGUCGUGAUAGCUCCAGCUACUCAUGAAGACCUUCCAUCCACCUGUGCAUUGCAAGAUGUUGGUGAUGAUGAAGAGGAAAAUGAGAAUGAAGAAUCUCAAAUCCUUGAGUUUGGACAAGACCUUGGAGACAACGAUGACGAUGAAGACAACGAUGAUGAUGACAUCACCAUUCAAUAUCAUCGAAUACCAGCUCAGAAGGGAGUCUCCCUUAGGGAACUAGCUUCCCAGGGGGAGAGAACCUCAAGGAACCAGCACUCUUCCAAGGACAAGGGAGUGGGUGAAGAAGGCAACCUCGCCCUUCUCUUCAAGGCGAUUGAUCCAAUGAAGGUAGCACAAUGA